GUGUCAGUUCAAUCCAGUAAGAGAGGCGUUGGUGGUGAAGCCAAUUGUGGGGUUGUCCCUGCCAAGGGAAGAGAGGAGAUGUUGUGGGUAUGUGAUUUCCAUUUGUGGAGAUGGAUUUUGAGGCAAUGGCGGCGGGUAAUGAUAGUAAUGGUAGAUAUGAAGGCUUACAGAAUUCCAGAAAUCAAAGUUUAG